GGCGCUUUCCCUCUCCGCUGAACUCGGAGCUACUCUGUAAAUCGGUGUUGUUGAAGCUAACGAUGGCAGCGGCGGCGGGUUGCGGCUCAGUGGCCGCGGCUGCUGGCGGGGUGGUGGGCGGCGUGGCCGCGGCGCGGGGGCGCUUUCCCGGGCGGCCCUGGUCGUCGCGGAGCCGCCUGCGCUCGGAGAAGCGGUGGCAGCUCGGCCGCUCGGGCACGGAGCAGGACGACACUGGCGGCGGAGGCCCGAGGCCUGGCGGCUGCCUGGCGCUCGCGUGCGGAGAGGACCCGUCUCACCUGCGCCUGCUGGGGAUCGAGGCGAGCUACAAGAGCCUGGGGGAGGCCGGCUACAGCUCGAGUGGAAGCGAAGAGGGAUCUGAAUUCAAAGGUUUUGAGGCUGAAAAUGAAAGCAGCAGUGUUCCUGAACAGUCCAGACGAAAUCGUCCCAAACGUAAUCGGGCAUCAACAAAUUCAUCAAAAAGGGUACGUCGGAGACCAGCUCCUGCAGCAGCCACAGCUGUGGAGAAGGGUCAGUCACCUCAGAAUGAUUCUGGAUCUACACAGGAACUUCACAGCAAAGAGUCUUGUAAUGCUGUUUUGAUUGAAGAUGCUGUUUCUGGCUCAGAUAAGCUAACAAAACAAAGACAAAGAAGAGGCUCUGUGAAAAAUGAUGCGUCAUCUGCUCCACGGAUCACUGUCAAGUUAGUGACUAAGAGGAGAGUUAAGGUAGAUGCAUCACAGAAGUCUGAAACUAAGGAAAAUCAAUGUGCCAUAUUCUCGUCUGCGAAAGUGAAAUUAAAGAGAGGUGCAAAAGCCCCAGAAAGUAGUUCUGUUGAGGUAAAGGAAGAGGUCAUUACAAGAAGGCGAGGGAGGUCUGCAUCUGUUCCUCAGAAUGUGCCAGAUGCAAAGGCUGAUGACCAAAAAGUAGAGGAAAAGUUGAGGAAGUCAACCCGCAAGACUCGUUCAACAUCAUGUAGUGACACUGUAGAGCCAAAUGCUGGUGAAAAGAAGGCAGAACCAACAGACAGUGUGUCAAAAGAAAGCACAGAAGUCAAAAAGCUUGUGAUUCGGAGACGGCACAGAUUAGACUCAAGUCACGUUGAGCAAUCAGGAGACCACAAAGAUGAGGCCACUUUGUCAGAGUCAAUAUUAGAGGUCUCAACAGUUGAGGAACCUAAACCACCUUCCAGGAAGAAAAAGAAAAAACGGAAGAAGAGGAAUCGGAAAGACAAAGUCUCAGAAAGGGGUGAUGAGAACUGUGAUGCUUUGUCUCAGCAACUGAAAGGAGACUCAAUAGAGAACAAUUUUGUGGGAAUCCCAGGCUUAAAAUUGACACGAAUACGAAACCCAAAAGCCAGGUCACGUAAGAAAUGCAGUAAGUUUAUUUGGACCCUAACACUGGUAAAGUGCAAAAGCAAAACUGUUAGUCCACCAACUCAAGAAAAUCUAAACAAAGCACCAGAAAGCCUUAGCAAAGAGACAGAAUGUCCCCCAAAAUGUGCAAAAGAGCUAGAUGUUUCAGCGGAGCCCACAUCUAGGCCGGCUGACACUUCAGAGAUUAACACUCUGCAGGAGCCAGAAAAUAAAGAAUUGUUAAGAACUGUUAAUAUUACCAAAAGCCCAGAAAAUGCAGACAUCACAGAGAAAGAUGAGAUCUCAAGAAAGGCUGAGGUGACCUCUGGAAAAAGUGAGGAGGAGAUAUCGAGAAGGGAUAACGAGGAGGAGAGAUUGAGAAAGGAUAAUGAUGUGACCUCAAGAAAGAAUGCAGAGACAAGGUCGAGACAUGAUGGUGAGGUGACCUUAAGAAAAGAUGAGGAGGAGCCUCGGGUCUCCGUUACAUCUGAGGUUAUAAAGGAAAUACACCCAGAUGUGGCUGCAGAGACAGAUCUAGAGCCAAUGUGUAAAGAUUUCAUUCCUCCCCUACAGAUAAAGGUUGUGUCCUCACCAGGAAAACACAACAGUUUAAAGCAGUCAUUUUCAAUCCAGCCAGCUGCAACUGCACCUAAACCAAAAGAGGUUUCUAAAGAAGCUGAUCAUCAGUCUCCAGCAGAAAUAGAGAACCAGAUAGAAACUACAACUCCUCCUCUGAUGCCCAAGGCAAGGCACAGACUGAGUCUCAACUCCCCUCGAAAGAAGCGUGUAAGGCAUAAACCUUGGACACCCUGCAAGAGGAAAUGUAAGAGUACUCCUUCUGGGGAUUACCCCAAUUCUAAAAUGACUGCUGAAACUGAGAGUUCUGUCACGGAGACGGAAGCCCCAGCCGCUAAGACGGAAGCCCCAGCCGCUGAGACGGAAGCUCCAGCCGCUGAAACUGAAAUCAAGGUGGGGGACUUACCAGAAUCACAUGAACAACCUAAAGCAGGGAAGUGCUCUGGUCAGGCUGCUCUCUCGAACGCAAAAGGGUCUCUCCCAAGAUGUGAAGCACCAAUGUCUGAGGCAGCUGAACCUACAAGUGUCAGUUGUGCUGCACUUCCACCCCAAACUGCGACAGAAACGCAGCCAGAGAUUAAGACUAAGGAGGUGCCAUCAACUGAGACUGCUGAAGUCUUGGUUUUAGAGCCUCGAAUGGCAGUCCCUGAUCAAGCAGAGCCUCCUUAUCAUGCUCGGCAACCAAUCAAGCAAGGCAAGAAAAGGCGAAGAGUUUUGAUAGGUCAGAGGUUAAAAGCUCGCAGAAAGAGGUUGCCCCCAAGACAGUUAACAGAAGAAGGUGCUGAUGUUUGCUCAGCAGUCAUAGCUUCUGAGCCAGCACGGUCUAAGCUAGUUGGCAUACUGAAAACAAAGUACAGAAAGAGGCAUGUUUCAUCAAGUCUUUCUUACACUCUUGAAGACAAAAAAAGGAGGACAAAGCUUUUAGCACAGCAAGUGGAACAUGAGCUUGGUGCUCAAAGUAAUGAUCACAAAGAAAAAGCUUCUGCUGAUGAAAAAAUAGACCCUGAUUCGGUUGAAGUCCAACCUGGUAAAACAAAAUUUGUUAAAAACAUUAAGCAUUUUAUAAUGCCAGUUGUCAGUGCUCGGUCCUCACGGGUGAUCAAAACGCCAAAAAGAUUUAUGGACGAUGCUGACAUGUCAGAUCUGCCACGGAGAAAUGCACAGAAGAAAGGACACCAGUUAGGAUUGAAUCCAAAAUCAAAGAAACGAGAUGGUGGUGAUGAGAAAGAUGAGCCCUCCUCUCUUCCGUCACAGGAUGAGGAAGAUCUUCUGUCGGAACUGCCUGAAGCUCAGUUAGAUCUUGACUUGUCAUCUGCUGAAGAAUCUAAGCUUGAGCCAGUAAAUGACUUGGAAAACCUAGGUGAAGAUAAGUUCUCUGGCAAGAGAAGAUCACUACUCCGUGACCCAGGUUUUAAUUGGCAAGUCCUGGAGCCUGCAGGUGCAGAGAUCUACAACUUUGACCAAGAUAUCGAAAAGGAGUAUGAGGCCUUGUUGUCUGCAGAAGAUCUCCCGUUUGAUUCAAUAACUGAUCCACCUCAGAAAAAGAAGCAGAGCAUGAAAUUCAAGAAGCCACCAUCACACCUAAAGCUCUAUAAGAAACUCAAGGAUGAGCUAAACUUUGGUCCCACCAAGAAAAAGCUAAAAAAGCCUCCAUCGGUUGAAACAGGGAAAGCCGUUUUACCCCCUGCUGAGGCACAAAAGGUGGAUUUGGAGAACGAAACAAAUUUAAUUCAGUCUCUUUCUGAUAUUAAGGCAGAAAAGGCUAAACUGAAGAUUGAGGAUCUUGACACGCCAGGGGUUGUCCGUAAAGUGUCCAUCUGUGUGCGUACUCUCAGCAGCAAGUUGUUGGCACAACAGCAAGAAGAGCAGGUGGAUGAUAUGCCAGAUGAAUUCUCCAUCCAUACAGACAUUUCACUUCCCAAGAAAUCCAUGGACCUAGAGAACAUGUUUCAAGCUGAAUCAAGAGAUCAAAAGUCAGAACAAGGCUUUGAUCAAAAGAGAAAGGACGUCAUUGAGUCAAAGGAGAAAAGUGUCGUCCAACGUCCUCACCUUUCCGGUGCCAACAAGCGCAUGUUCAACCUCCUCAAGAAAGCCAAGGUUCAGCUCAUCAAGAUUGAUCAGCAGAAACAACUCAAGUCAUCAGGGCUCCUGUCAGAAGGUCGGAUCACAGCUGGGAAGCGGCAGAUCAGAAAACCGAUGAUGCAACCUAAGGAUUCCUGUCCUGACAAGACUGUUGCUUCUCCGGAGCAGGAGCCGGCCAGAGGAGGUCCGCGCAUCAAGCAUGUUUGCCGAGCAGCAGCUGUGGUUCUGGGGCAGCCUCGCGCCGUCAUCCCGGAUGAUAUCCCCAGACUCAGUGCUCUUCCACUGCAUGAAAGAUCAGGCAUUUCACCAUCACCUGCUGCUAAAGAUGUGGAGUCACAUUCUGACCCAGACAGUCCUAUAAUGCAAGAGCAGAGGAUGCCCAAGUUUCGCAAAGCCCGUGCCCACGCGCGUCGAUGUGGCCAGUGUAAAGGCUGUCUCCAUGAAGAGGACUGUGGCAAGUGCAUUAACUGCCUGGACAAGCCGAAAUUUGGUGGCCCUAACACCAAAAGACAAUGCUGUGUGUUUAAGAGGUGUGAUGAGGUUGAAGAAAGGAAGGCCAUGAGACUAUGUGGCAAGCUCUAUAAAGGGCAAAUGAAGAGGCGUCGCUCAUUAGUCAGUGCUGGUCACUCAAGUAAUGAGGAGUGUGAAGGGACAGAGGCAGCCUCUGUAGGAGGAGACAGUCAGAGCCCAUCAUUACGAAAGCAACCCAAGCGCACCGUUAAACCGCGCUACUACUGCGAUCUGCUGGAUUAUGACUCUGACUUCGACCCGGACAUGAACAGGACACCACACUCGACCUCACCAGCCCGGAGGAGAGCACCUGGUCCGCGCAACAAUGACUAUGUGUCUUUGGACGACUUCUUUGGAGAUGGCCUCGACGAGGGAAUACGACAUCGCAGACCUGGAUUUAACAGAGUUCCACCCAUCAGACGGAAACCUGAAAAGAGUCCUCAGGAGCAAACACCACCCAGUGUCCUGGCAGCGCUGGCUAAUGGUUUUGCUGAGAGAGUAAACGAACCCUCUGAACCCACAUACAAGAUCUGUGUCGACUUUAAGGAGGACUGCAGUUUGCAGAGUGUGUGGUCGACCGGUGGUUUGAGCAUCCUCACCUCUGUGCCUCUCAUGCCUCCAUCUGUGUGCCUGCUGUGUGCCAGCAAAGGACAACAUGAAAUGUUGUUCUGUCAAGUGUGUUGCGAACCUUUUCAUCACUUCUGCUUGGAGCCGUCAGAGAGGCCGGUUGACGACAAUAAGGAGAACUGGUGCUGUCGCCGCUGCAAGUUCUGCCGUGUGUGCGGUCGCAAGAACAGACAUUCCAAACCUCUGCUUGAGUGUGAACGAUGCCAGAACUGCUAUCAUCCUGCCUGUCUAGGACCGAACUAUCCCAAACCCAACAAGCGCAAGAGGCCAUGGGUGUGUAUGACGUGCAUCAGGUGUAAGAGCUGUGGCGUGACUCCAGGGAAGAGCUGGGACACAGAGUGGAACCAUGAUAAGGGCUUCUGUCCUGACUGCACUCGGCUGUAUGAUCAAGGUAACUACUGUACAAUGUGCUUCAAGUGCUAUGAGGACAAUGACUAUGAGAGCCAGAUGAUGCAGUGCUCGAUAUGUAACCACUGGGUCCAUGCCAAGUGCGAGGGAUUGACUGAUGACCUGUAUGAGAUCCUGUCGAGUUUGCCAGAGAGUGUUGUGUACUCAUGCCAGCCUUGCAUUCGAGCUCAAGCCGGUGUAGUUCAGGAGAGUGAGGAGGGAGGAGGAUGGAGGGAGCUCCUGCUGCUGGAGCUCAGAGCCGGAGUGGAGAAGGUGCUCGCCUGCCUGCUGAGCUCUACUCUCACUCAGCACCUGGUCACUUGCAGCGAGUGUACAGCUCUGGAUGACAUUGCUGAUGAAGGUGAUGGAGAUGAUGUUCUUCCUGUGUGUGAUUUGCGUGCUGUAGGGAAAAAGUUCGACAAAGGUCUUUAUACAACACUGAAAUCUUUCCAUGAGGAUGUGGUGAGAGUGAUUCGCAGAAGGCUAGAGGAAGAGGAAACCUUACCAGAGGACCAAAAGCCAACUGCUCUGGCUCGCUCAUACUAUCUAAAGCUUAUGGAAGAGGUGUUCAGCUGGUUCAACAGUCAGGAUCCUAAAGUGUGGGAUCCACGCUCCAAACAUCUACCAGCUGGAAUGCUCUCUAAUGCUGUAAUACCACCAACAAAUGAGCAUGUAUUUGCCCAAUGGCGGGAACGAGAGGAGAAGAGCAGGACUGUGAACACCAAGCAAGCAGGAGGCCGUAUGGAGGUCAAAGGAGAAGAUGGAGCAACUAUCUCUACCCCUCUGUCUCGCAGGCCUGUCAGUGGCCAAUACAGAGACUUGAGCAUGAGACUCAGAAUGACAGGGAAAAAAGCACGACCAUCCAGAGAAGAUCUGGACACUGGGUGGUCAAAGGAGGAUGAGCGGCAGUGUGUCUUGUGUCAGAAGUACGGCGAUGCAAAAUCCAGCGAUGCAGGCCGUCUGCUCUAUCUUGGACAAAAUGAGUGGGCUCAUGUCAACUGCUCCAUGUGGUCAGCUGAGGUGUUUGAGGAGGAUAAUGGCUGCCUGAUGCAUGUGCAUAGUGCGGUUGCUAGAGGCCGCCUUAUGCGUUGUGAACGAUGUAACCAGACUGGGGCAACAGUGGGCUGCUGCCUUACCUCCUGCCAAAGCAACUACCACUUCAUGUGUGCCCGUUCUCGCAACUGUGUCUUCCAGGAUGACAAGAAAGUCUUCUGCUACAAGCACCGUGAUCUCAUCAGUGGAAAAAUUAUUACUGGACAAGGGUUCGAAGUUCUUCGGAGGGUCUACGUGGACUUUGAGGGAAUCAGCCUUCGCAGGAAGUUUUUGACAGGAUUAGAACCAGAAUAUAUUAAUAUGAUGAUUGGUUCUCUUCAAGUCAGAAAACUUGGGAGGCUGAAUGAAUUAUCAGCUGUUCAAGGAAAACUUUUUCCAGUGGGUUAUGAAUGUUCUCGGUGGUACUGGAGCACACUAAACCCACGUCGCCGCUGCAAGUACACAUGCCGGGUCAUGGAGGUACGACCACCAGUUCAGGAGAAGCCAGUAGAAGAACUGGCUGACCAGGGAGAAAAUCGCACAAUUGCCCACAGUCCAUGUCCACUAUCAGAAUCUGAAACUACGGAGGGAGAUGUGACACCAGCAAAUCCAAGUUUAGUAUCUCCCUUUGCUAAGCCAGACUCUGGUACUCGACCCAAAAAUUCAGCUUACCCACUGAACAGAAGACCAGCUGGAGGAUUAUCUAGACCACUACCAUCUCCAGGAGCAGCCCCUUCAAAGUCCCACCACAUUUUGACUAUUAGUGAUUUCGAUGACACCCGCAGACUACGGCGACAUACACCACAGAAUACUAGUAUUCGUGGACACAACUCUUGCCCCUCCUUGGGAUCUCCGACUAGCUCAAUUAAUCUUCGACCUGGGGGUUCCCAUCACUCUAAAACCACCCAGCCUACCUCCCCAAUUUUCCCGCUUGGUGCUACUGAAAACUUGUUGACCUCCUCGUCAGCCCGCCCUGUCAGUCGAAGCGCUUCCUCUGCCCGGGGUGCUGGAAUUUUGGCACCCCAUUCUACCUCAGGACUGUUUCCAGAGCCUAUGUGGCAUGGUGGCACUGGCAGCACCCCUCCCUCUAACCGAUCCCUCUCUUCGCCUACCCACCUUUCAGCAAGACCAAGGUUGCCUUUUGACCUUAAUCAGUUGGACUCUGCAGAACUGCCACACAAUUUCAUGGCAUCGCCACAAGAACUGCCUGCAGAAAAUGGAACCUCACCUUUAAGAGACGCGGUGGAUCCACAGAGGGGUAGUCACCUAGUCACUGAUAAGGAAUUCCCCUAUACCCCCUUUCAGUUGGACUCGGACCUAACUGUGGUAUCAGAACUCAAAACUGAACUUGAAAUUGAAGCAACAGUACUAAGUGAGGGAGUAGCUAUGAACUGUAGUGAACAGAUUGUUGUUGAAGGCGAAGAGGAGCAAGAUGAGUUUUGGGGUCCAGAUGCAGAGAUGUCUGCCGGAAGAUUACCUCAUACUACAGAGGAUUGGGGUAAUAGUUCCUCUGAUGAUGAUAUGGGAAACUAUUUCGACUUUUCACGCACUAUAGUAACUUGCAAAGUCCCAAGAGAAGCCUCAAAGACACCCCCUUCUGCCUCUAUAAAAUCAAUUUCACAACUAGAUGGUGUAGAUGAUGGAACUGAGAGUGAUGCAAGUGUAACAAGCAGUAAUACCCAAAAUCUGAAGAACCCAAGUCAGGUUCAGAAACCAUCUCAGGCUCUUGAUGGUCAGCAUCAUAAACAGUGGAAUAGUAAUGGGCUAUGUAUGGAACUUCCAAGUCUUAGCAGUCAGCUCCAGCCACCAGCCAAACCAUUUGGCUCUCUAUCCUUAGUUAGUACUGCUGAUCAAAGUUCAAGUAGCCCAACACAUUCUGAGAUUCCACAAGAGACUAGGGGUUACACAAAAUCAGGCUUCCCAGAUACAUAUCAGAACACUGACUUUAUUGGUCAGACAUUUCAGUCAAGUCCUGUGGUGCCCCCUCAGGAGACCUCAACAAAUUUUGUUGUCCCAAAGGAAACAGAUACAACGUUUUCCACUUUCAAUGAAGACAUCCAAGGAUACAGUUUACCUACAGAUCUGGGGUUACCUAUAAUGCUAGAUAGAUGUGACUCUCCCUCACCCAACACCUGUUUUACUGAGUUGGUUCCAGUUAAGGAAGAUUCUCAAAUAGACACACAAGAAUCCACAGAGUCAAAAGAAAUCUACUUGGAUCAUAACAGUGGUCACUUUGUUUCCUCCAUUGAUGGUUCUAUGAUUUGCCCAGAUAACUUGUCAGAGGGGUCAACAGAAGCGUCCUUCACAAACCCAGCAAAUGGAAGCCAAGACCAAGUGCUGCCACAACCAACUUCUACAUCAUCUACAGAAACAGGCAGUUCUACAGUUCAGUCUGCUCCAUGUUUGCAGCCUACUUUCAUGUCAUUUGCUAAUUCGUCAUCAUCAUCAAAUAUUGCUUUACACCCUGUCUACACCCCUGAAAACAAGACAAUCCUUCCACCAAUGGAGAGUUUUCGUAACAAACUGCUAUCACCUUCAGACAUAGGCCAACAAUCAGUCCCAAGGGGAGUGAGUUCUGCUGAUUUGCCUACUCAGCCUGAUUCAGUGCUUCAUGUGCAAUCAGGCAGUGGUGUAGCCCUUGCAUCCCUUAGGGCAGUGGCAUCCCCUGUGUACCCCACUUACACACAACCUGUGGGCUCAGCAACAGUUAGCAUAGUUCCAUCUGUAAACUCCCAAACAUCUACUCAGUGCCGUCCAGUGUCCUCCAUUAUUCAACCAGCUCCAUGCCCUGUUGUUGUUAAUGGCUAUAGCUCUAUGCCUAUGCAAAGGGAAGCUGCCCCAGGACGUACAAUUUCCAUAAACUUUUCAACUCCAAGGCCAACAUUGGAGCCUCAACAAACGGUGACGCAAGCAUUACCAGGUCAUGCAAUUCUCACUGUGAAGGAGGUGGGUGGACCCAAUGUGGAUCCAACCCCUCAUGUUUUACUUGUUAAUCGUCUUGGCCAAAUCUUUGUCAAAAAUCCUGAAAGCAACACUUUCCAGUUACCCAGUCCCACCUCACCUUCCUACAACUGCGUUACACAGAUUGCCAGCCUUCUGCAAAGCAAUGCUCUCUCUGCUACUCUGGCAGCUGCGGGCAACUUGCCUGCAGUUGCUGGAGCAGCCAUCACAGCCCAAGUCCCCAGAAUGGUGACACCUGUGAUUCAGAACUCUAAUACCAUUACACAGCUCCUCACUGCUAAUAGCAAAGGAGCAGCAGCACCACUGGAAGCCCAGAAAACAAACCGAAAUGCAAAAGAAUCUGCUGAUGGCUCUAUACCUGGAAUAAAGAAACCACGGAAAAAGAAGGAACCCUUAAUACCUAGGAAAACCAAGUCAACUACUGUACCCGGGUCAUCUGGCAAGCCAGCAGACAAUCAUGCAGAGAGUGCUCAAGCUAUUAUUAACCAAGCUAUGGCCAGUUAUUAUGACCCCAGUCGAAAGGCUAGUAGAAUUUUGAGUCCUUCUUCACCUUCCAACACCACUGCUGGUGGCACAGCCCAAUCACCAAGUUCCAUAGUUCUACCGCCAGGCCUCCUCGUUGAACCAGAGUCCACAAAUUCUCCACCGUCUACCCCAAGCUCUGUAUCUUCUCGACCAAAGCAGGUUCGAAUGAAAAGGGUGUCCUCUCUUUCUGAUCGCAUUGCCACCAAAAAAUCAAAGUCUGACUUUUUAGAGCCAGAACAUUCCAGUGGCCCAGAAGAGCAACGCAAAUUAAAUUCAGCUGCUGCAAGGUGUGGGGGAGUUCGCAUUAAAACUCCAACCGUCAAAGGGAUCCUUGACCUGGACAAAAUCAAUGAGGAGCAAAGUAGUGAUUCUGAAAGUGCAAAGCCAGGGCUCUGGGAUCGUUUCUCUGUGUCCCGAGGUGGUGACAGCAGUAAACCGCAGGCCUUGGACACCACAUGGUGCAGUUCACUGUCUGACUGGAACAAAUACUCAGGGAUGCUGUCGGGCUCAGAGGAUGAGAUACCUCCUCCAGAAACUGAAGAAAAGCACCCUCCCAGAGGAGAUCAGCCACGCCUACGCUUUGAAAUCACUAGUGACGACGGUUUUAGUGUGGAGGCAGACAGCAUUGAAGUGGCCUGGAGGGCUGUGAUUGAUGGGGUGCAGGAGGCUCGUGCUGUUGCCAAGCUUAGACAGCUUUCCUUAACUGGGAUGACUGGAGCUCGUAUGAUGGGUUUGCUCCAUGAUGCCGUGGUUUACCUGGUGGAACAGCUUCAGGGGGCCAUGAGCUGCCAUGGUCACACUUUCCGAUUCCAUAAGCAGCCUAGCCAGGAGGAUGACUUGCCCAUAAACCCCAGCGGCUGUGCUCGCUCUGAGGUCUACCUGAGGAAAUCUACCUUCGACAUGUUCAACUUCCUGGCUUCCCAGCACAGACAGCUUCCUGACACUGAUCUCUAUGAUGAAGAGGAGGAUGAAGUUCUUCUCAAGUCCAGCAGACGAGCAACGAGUUUGGAGCUUCCCAUGGCAAUGCGCUUCAGACAUCUAGAAAGGACAUCCAAAGAAGCUGUUGGUGUUUACAGGUCUGCUAUUCAUGGACGAGGGCUGUUCUGUAAGAGAAACAUUGAAGCUGGUGAAAUGGUCAUUGAGUACUCCGGCAUUGUCAUUCGCUCCGUUCUGACAGACAAGCGGGAGAAAUAUUACGAUGGGAAGGGCAUUGGCUGCUACAUGUUCCGCAUCGAUGACUUUGACGUUGUCGACGCAACCAUGCAUGGCAACGCAGCACGAUUUAUCAACCACUCGUGCGAGCCCAACUGCUAUUCCCGUGUUAUCAAUGUGGAGGGCCAGAAGCACAUUGUCAUUUUCGCCUUACGCAAGAUCUACCGUGGUGAAGAGCUCACCUACGACUACAAGUUCCCCAUCGAGGAUGCCAGCAACAAGCUCAGCUGCAACUGUGGAGCCAAGCGCUGCCGUCGCUUCCUAAACUGAGUGGACUGUUAAGAAGAUCCUGAAAAGCGCCAGGAGGAAAGCAGGCAGGCAAUAAAACGGAGGCACAAUGGACUGUAGAAAGCACUGAGAUGGAAAAGUCCAUGAAGCCUCACUAGCAGUGGCUUUAAGUGGGACUGAAACCACUGGAAAUCCACAGGACAGAUCCAGACGUGGUCGUAGGGAUGUGUGCAUGAUGCACAAGCACUCCAACGAAAGCGGGAUGGUCAUAGAAACACCUGUUUUACAGUCUGAGCAUUUUAUUCCUGUUCACAAGCAAACUUCUGCUUCAUGCUUCCCUUUUUACAACACAGAGGUCUUUAUGACGUGCAGACUAGUGAAGAGAAGAUGCACACUCCUCCUAUUGCUAAAUACUUUUCAAAUUGUUGCUGCUGAAAAACAAUUUUGGCUCAUGUAGGGAACCUGUAUACGGUGUUCCAGGUGUUUUUUGAGCUUGUGCACGAGCAACAAGUACAGUGAUUGUCUGGCUGAUAAAAGUCUAAGUGGUUGGUGCGUCAGUUUUAGCUAUUAAAAUAGUUUCAUUUCCGCUAAAUGGAUUGUGCUGACCUCCUGCAGUCCAUGGCCUCUUUAAAAAUUUGACUCCGGCUUUCUCCUGCACUUAGAAAGAAGUGCAAAUAGAUGUACAGGAGUUUUGUGGCAGUGAGAAUAUACUGUACCUGAAUGAGUAUAUGACUAAUCAAGAGAUAUAUCUAUAUAUACUUUUAACUGAGAUGUUUAUCUGUGAUGCUCAUGCUAGAACAUAGAAUAGGACUUGAUGUUUAGGAGAAGAAAAAGCUUUAUUCUGCUCAGGAAGAUGCUGUGAACCCCUGCAAUACGCCAUCACCAUCCAUUCCGUUCGUAAAGUCAUUUAGUAAGACGACUUUUUUUUUUAUAGAAAGUCUCAAAUCAGCCUUUAAGCUCUUUAAGAAGCCACUGCUGUAAUAUCUCAUUAGAAAACUCCCACUAGGCCUGUGUAUAUUAUUUAUUCUUUUACCGUGUUUAUUUUUGUCCCAAUUCAUGACUAUGGUUAAUUUAAUCAUGGAGAAAAUUCUGUCUCCCGUCUUGGGACCCUGCUGGUUCUUUUUUUUUUUUUUUUUUUUUUUGGUGUCAGUUAAUUUUGGCCAUUUUCUUAACCUUUGAAUUCUUUAUGGUGCUAAACUUAACAAAAGUCUUGAAAUUUAAGUGGGAAAUCGCACAUUUCAUCAUCUUCAUCAUCUUUGUCAUUAAUCGCAGUGUAAGACACUUCAUUAUUUGUGAAUUGCUCAAGUACUUGACAGAUAAAAGGUAGAAAGCCAACAUUAUUUUUUAGAGGCAUCACAAGGUAUGGAGAAACAAUCCUUUUUUCCUCUAUCUGCAUUAAACACUACUUGAGCAAACUAGGGAUAGUCACUUUGCAUCUUUACAUUUUUCUGACAGUUUUUGGGUUGGGUCUUUCUCAUUUCUGUGAUAGCUGCACAUACAUACACAUAUUGUACAUCUCUAGAAAUCAUGAUCCCUUAUAAUUGCUCAAGAAAAUCUCUCAGAAGCAAUGUUUUUUUUCCUCAGACAGAUUCUCUUUAGUAGUGAUUAAGAAUUACUGAUGGGUCUUUCAGCUAACAGCCACCAAGCACUCAGCACCUUGACGUCCCUUUAUUUUAAGACAAUUCUGAUUUCCUUCCAUCAUGAGGAAAAAGAGAUAACUGAUACCAAUCAUAGUGUCUUAGAAAGACAAGAUUGCUCAAGCUUUAUGGCAUAUUUAUUCUUGUUUGUGUUUAGAUUAUGGGAGUAAAUGUGCUUUCUCCAUGGCCAAGGUCUUUCUUUUGUUUACAUAGUUUUCUUUUUUCUUGACUUGAACAUUCUUCGAGGAGGAGUUCUUGCAGUGCAGCCUUUUUAAGGUCGUGUUUUGAGCCAGAGGUUCUUUUUUAGAGAGUAUGAUUUUAGUUCUUGUUUUAACUUGUAAAUUGUGGCAACAUGCUUUAGGGAAACUGUUUCCUUUUUCUCCCCCCACUUCAUUAUCUGCCAGAAACAGCUUCCAGUGCUUGUCGCUGCUCCUUUCAUGUUUUUAUGGUAGCUGGCUUUCUAACAGCCCUCGAAGUCAAUCAGUGUGGUCAUCCUCUGCCUUGUCUGGCCCUCCUCGUUUCAGAUAAUAUCAAGAAACGGAAUUUCACCCUUUGUUUUUUUUCACUGAACUUGCAAGGAUUCUACCUCAGGCUGUUCAGAAUGACUGUCAAAGAAUACUAAUGCAAAACCUAGAUGAUGAUACGAUAUCGCUCGGUCUUAAAUGUCCUGUAGAGAUGGCCUGUGUGCAAUGAAGGAUGCAAAGCACUAGUCAAGACCUUCUGUGACGAUCUGUCUCCCAGAGUUGUGUGGAAAAACUGUAUGUUCCUACGUAGGGUU